AAUGUUUCAAAUGAAUUAUUAUUUUCGAUAAAAUUUGUUGUUAAAAAAGAGGGAAGAAGUGAGAAUUUUAAAGUGCGUUGUUAAUGUUGUGGGAUUAAUGUUUUAUGAAUACAAAAAUAACAAAGAAGAAGAAUACAAUAAUAUGUAUUCUUUAUAAUAAAAUAUAUCAAUAAAAAAGAAAACGUCGACACGUCGAUAAAGAAAAAAAAUUGUGUUGCUUUAUUUUCUACCAAUAUUUAAGCUUUCAAGUGCAUUUUAUUUAUUAAAAAUACCUAAAACAAAUGCAGUAAAGUGCAAUAUCAACAAGGUCUAUGAAAUAUUCAUUAAAUAAAUGAAUUUAAUAAAGAAAUUAAUAAUUUUCCAAAUGCCACCAUAUUAAAACGAGACGCAUUUUUUGGGUUGCAUGAAUUUUUUUCUCUUUCUGAAUACACUGUGUAAAUGUGUGUGUCGUUUAACGGUGUGGUAGUGUAGAUGAAUUAAAAACCCGUAUUGUGUGUGAGUGUAACAAUAAUAGAUGUGUAUAGUUUAUUAUUAUUGUUGUAAAACACUAGAGUUUCAAGUGGUGCAAAUGGAUAUGAAGAAGUAAAUAGUGGAAAAAAGUGAACGCAGCGAUUAAAAUAAAUACAUACAAAUAUAUAAAUAAUAAAGAAAAAAAACUACGAAAAUAUGUAACAAAUACAAGAAACGAAGAAAAAAAUGUAGAGAAAUUCCUUUGAUUACAACAAAAAAUAUAAAAAAUGGAAAAUAUCAAAGAAAAUAAUAAACAAAAAUAAAAGAUUACUCUUUUAAUCGUUACAAUAUAUAGAAAAAAUGUGAAUUAUUGAAAUUAAAAUAUAAAAACAAAUAACGAUUUCAGUACUACAUCAUCUUCCAAACAAAACAAGAAUUCUACAACACAGUCGCUUUAUCUAAAAAAGGACUCUAAAAGAAUGCAUAAAAGCUAAACGUACAAAUCAAACAUAAAUCUUAAUAAUAAAGAAAUAAAAACAAACAAAUCACUAAUUUUACAUAACAUAUCACAAAAUAACUUUUAAAAAAAGAAUCUAUCUACAUAAAUCAAACUACAAUUUAAUGUAUUUUAAAUACAAUUAAAAUAAAAUAAAAAUAUAUCUUUUACUUUUUAAACAAUUUUACAAAUAAUACAAAAACAUAAAAUCAAACCAACAACAUAUUUAAAAAGUUUUGGCCUCUAUACAACUAAUGGAUCCAUAUCAUCAUAUACGACAACAUUAUCAACCACCCUCUAGACCAGAAUUGCAUCAAAAAUGCAAUCGUGGUUCUCAUUCAAGUGAUACAAGUUCAGCAUACAGUGGUAGUGAUACAAUGGCAUCCGUUUAUGGUUCAUCACUGGAUGGUGAAGAGAUUGAUUUCUCUGGUUUGGUAGAGUCUACCGUUGAUUCAGAUGAAGAAGAUUUGGCAGAGUCUAUGGACAGUCUCAAUGUCCGUGAUGCAGUACGUGAUUGUUUGGAGAAAGACCCCUCAGAGCGUACCGAAGAAGAUGUCGAAAUUCUAUUGGAAUUCACACAAGGUCUUAAGGCCUUCACAAAUAUCACACUGGCCGUACGGCGAGCUCUUUGCUCGGUUAUGGUAUUUGCCGUAGUCGAUAAAGCCGGCACUGUCGUUAUGUCCGAUGGUGAGGAGCUUGAUUCUUGGUCUGUGUUAAUCAAUGGUGUCGUGGAAAUCGAACAUGCCAACGGCGAACGUGAAGAACUACAAGUGGGCGAUUCGUUUGGUAUUUUACCCACAAUGGAUAAACUGUAUCACAAGGGAGUUAUGCGUACCAAAUGUGAUGAUUGUCAAUUUGUAUGCAUUACGCAGACGGAUUAUUAUCGAAUACAACAUCAGGGUGAAGAGAAUAUACGACGUCACGAAAAUGAAGAGGGUCGGGUGGUUAUGGUUACAGAACUGCGACAAAUAGGUACAAAUGAUGCUCCCGGAACGGCGGCUAAUAAUUCAGCUACUGCAGGUACUAAUGCCAAACGGGGACAUGUUGUUAUUAGAGGUUCGCCGGAUCGAUUGUUGCAGCAAUUGGUGGAGGAGAACUCCAUGACUGAUCCCUUUUAUGUGGAAGAUUUUCUUUUGACACAUAGAAUUUUCAUAAAAAAUUCCCAAGAAGUAACGGAUAAACUGUUGUCAUGGUUUGAGGCCGAUGCAAAUGGUGCCGAAACGGUGCCCAGAUUUGUCAGUCAUGCUACGGCUCAGGAAAUAAGAGAUCGUGUUACCCGUGUGGUAUUGUUGUGGGUGAAUAAUCAUUUUACCGAUUUUGAGGCUGAUCAUGAAAUGAUGGAAUUUUUGGAAAUAUUUGAGGCUGGUCUAGAAAGAAAGAAACUGUUAAGUCAACUGCGACUGCUGCAUAUAGCCUGUGCGGCAAAAGCACGCAUGAGAUCUUGCAUUUUGGCACGAAGCUCAAGAGAUGAGUCAUUGAAUUUCAAAAUUAUAGGAGGCUAUGAAAUGAGAGGGGCCUGUGUGGCUACUGGAGGUUGUGGCAUUUAUAUUUCACAUGUGGAACGAGCUUCCAAAGCUCUAGAAGCAGGCUUAAAAAGAGGAGACCAAAUACACGAAGUUAACGGCCAAAGUUUUGAGCAUGUUACCAGCAAACGAGCUUUGGAAAUUCUUAUGGGUAGUACCCAUUUGAGUAUCACUGUAAAAAGUAAUCUUUUGGGUUUCAAGGAGAUGAUGCAGGCCGUUGAAUUAACAGCCAAUGGUGGCAUAAAUUCGGCUAAUGGCAAUGUAGCGGGAUUGGGUUCCAAGUCAUUAAGAAGUCCUAGACGUAUUUGUGCUAAUGAUGUGGCCAAACUUCAUGGUCGUGCUGAUUCUACUAACGAUGAAUUAUCGGCGGCAGCCGCUAAUCGUGCUCAUAUUGUAAGAUUAAGUUCUGUGGACAUGCUGUUACACUCAUCCCCCGGAGAAGAUCAAACCGAUAGAGGUGUACAAAGCCCUGGCACUCCCAUACAAACACCCUCUUCGGGCAAUAUGGCUUCCAAUUUCAUGAAUAAUCUUUUACAAAGUGUUAAUGCUUCCGGCAAAAAGGAUUCGAAUGGUAUGCAAGACUCCAAGGGAGGUGGCUUUAUGACUUUGGCCCCUAAGAGACGGCUGAAAAUAGCCUUGGCUAAAAUGAAUUUGUUGCAUAAAAAUGUUACUGGUUUGCAGGCUUCCAAUCUCAAUGAUUCCAGCGAUGCUUUGCUUAAUGUGGGUUGUAAUGAAAAACAUAAAUCUGGUUCAUUAAGCAGUGCCAGUUCUUCUUCCCAUGGCACCGGUAGACUCUAUCAAUCACAGUCAAAUCCUGAUUUGACCUCGCUGCAGUAUGAAGAAUCUUCAGUACCAAAUAAUAAUGUUCUAAAUAUCUGUAAUCCUGGCAAUUAUCUAUCGGCUUCUGUGCACAGACCUUCAGCUGUAUCAACAACAGGCAGUUUGGUGCCCGAUUAUCCGGAACAUGUUUUGAAGGUGUUCAAAGCCGAUCAAACUUGUAAAUACUUGCUUAUUAACAAAGAAACCACAGCUCAUGAGGUGGUUAUGUUGGCUCUACAAGAAUUUGGCAUACACGAUCCUAGUUCGAAUUUCUCUUUGUGCGAGGUUAGCGUGGGCGAAGGAGGCAUGGUCAAGCAGCGUAGAUUACCCGAUCAAUUGCAGAAUUUAGCUGAACGCAUAGGUUUUGCCUCUAGAUAUUAUUUAAAAACGAAUGGCAUUUCCGAAACCCUGGUACCCGAUGAAUUAGCCUUGGAAUUGGUUAGAGAAUCAAAUGUCCAUUUCCUACAACUCAAUGCCUAUGAAUUGGCCAUUCAACUAACACUACAAGACUUCAGCAUAUUCCGACAGAUUGAAUCUACCGAAUAUGUCGAUGAUCUCUUUAAUUUAAAAACCAAAUAUGGCGUACCGAUGUUAAGUAAAUUUUCCGAACUGGUGAAUCGUGAAAUGUUCUGGGUGGUCACUGAAAUUUGUGGAGAACACAAUAUUGUCCGUCGCAUGAAAAUUGUCAAACAAUUUAUCAAAAUAGCCCGCCACUGUAAAGAAUGUCGUAAUUUUAAUUCAAUGUUUGCCAUUAUAUCCGGUCUAGGACAUGCCGCUGUUUCCCGCCUAAGGCAGACAUGGGAGAAAUUACCCUCAAAAUAUCAAAGAUUAUUCUCAGAUCUACAAGAUCUUAUGGAUCCCUCACGUAAUAUGUCCAAGUACAGACAAUUGGUUUCAUCGGAAUUGCUCAACCAACAUCCCAUACUACCGUUUUAUCCCAUAGUACGCAAAGAUUUAACCUUUAUACAUUUGGGUAAUGACACGUUGGUAGAGGAAUUAAUAAACUUUGAAAAACUACGUAUGAUAGCCAAAGAGGUGAGGCUGCUUUCGCACAUGUGUUCCUCUCCCUAUGAUUUAUUAGCCAUAUUGGAACUUAAGGGGCAAUCACCUUCCAAUGCUAUGUUUUCUCUUAACCAAAUGUCAACUUCACAAGGUGGUUCCAACCAGGGUCCCACCAUAAUAGCGGCUAAUGCCGGCAAUGCCACCAUUAAACGGCGGAAAAAGUCUACGGCGGCACCCAACCCUAAGAAAAUGUUUGAAGAGGCUCAAAUGGUUAGACGGGUAAAGGCUUAUCUCAACAAUUUGAAAAUUAUUAACGAUGAAGAUAUAUUGCAUAAGUUUUCCUUGGAAUGUGAGCCCGCACAUACUUCCUCGAACUCCACCUCCUCUCAGCAUGGUGGCAAUUCUUCGCGCACGGGAGGAGAUCAAUUAAGCAUUUAUUCUCAUACUUCCAAUUCGUCGUCGGCACCGAAUUCUUCGCUAUCACUAAGAAGAAGACAUCCCUCUUCGCCCACCCUCUCGACCACCUCUUCUACCUCGUCGACUAGUGACAAUCGUCGCAAUAAUAUGAAUCCAAAUUGUCCGAAAUUUGGCACAGCCUCUCCACAAGCGGUACGUAAGAUUUUAUCGCUAUCGGAAUCUACUAAAAUUCGCCCUCAUCAACCCUUCCCCAGGCCGGCAGCUAUUUUGCCUGGAAACAUACCGUUACUGGCGCAGCCUCAUCAUUUACACAGUCAUGGAUUUAAUCCAGCUGCCUCAGCAGCUCUGGCUGCUGCCUCUACACCCACACCAAGUCCUUGCUCGCAUAGACGUUUAGCUUCCGGUAGUAAUUCCAUGCCAGCUUCUAUGAUCCCUCCUCCACGCUCGAUACACGAACGUUCUCAUUCUGAUACUCCGGCACCACCUCCCCCUUUGCCUUCGGUGGAUUUAAAUUUAGAAAGUAGUAGUGUUACCACAUUUCGUGAUUUACCUUUAAGGAAAUCUGUUACCUCUGGAUCGAUAUCGUCCAAUGAUAGUGGGCUUUGUUCAUAUGCCCAACAUGAUAACAGCUCUUCAUCAUCUGUCUAUACAGCAGCUGAUUGUCGUUUGUUGCAACAGAUUUCCAAUACGGCAGCUACACGCAAUAUAAAUACUCAGUGUAGCACUAGAGCUUUAUCACCACAUACCUUACACCCAGCAACAACAACAACACAAAAUGCAACAACUAUGAAUGCACCACCACCACAACUACUGCCACAAACACAAUCACAACAACAACAACAAUUACCACCACCAACUUUGACACCAACACCACCUCCAUACCUAAUGCGUGGUCAAAAUUUACAAAUGUUCAUAACGAACGGUGGCAAUAACGGCGGUAAUGGUGGAUCACAUGCACCGCCACAACUUCUACACAAUAGACCGUUGUCGCCACCAUUACAACAGCCAAAUAUGCCACCACCCUAUGCCACAGCGGCCGCUAUGCUACAUCAUAAUCAUAGACAUUCCAAUAUGCAUGGUGCUCCUGGUUGUCCCAUGUGUCCUAUGCCACCGAUGAACCAAUAAAUUUUUAUAUAUAAAAAUAUAAAAUGUUAAUGCAAAAAAAAGAAAGAAAAUAUAUGCCAAAUUGAUGUUUUUUAUUUCAAAGAAAAAAUAUAUAUUAUAUUAAUAAAAAAAAAAUAAAAAAUAAAAUAAGGUUGUGGAGUAAAAUGUUUAAAAACGCAUAAAUGUAUGAUCAUGAUGUUGUUGAUAAUGAUGUAUGAAGGAUUUUUUUUUUGUAUUUGUCGCUUAAAACCAAUCAAAUAAUCUGCAGGCGGACCAUUGUCCUCAGACAAUUUUCUAUUUACUUUAAAUGAUCUUAUACUUCUUAUACUCUAUACUAUUUACUCUUUUUUCUUAUAGUUAUAUAUAUACCAUACAUAUUAAUAUAAUAAUUUAAUUUUUUUCUUUUUGGGAUAUUAUUAUGUAAAAUAUAUAUUUUCUUUUACUAGCCAUAAGUUUUACCACAAAAAAUCAAAAACAAAAAAAUAUUCAGCCAAAUUUACAAAAAAGAAGAAACAAAAAGAAAAUCAAACUAACAAAAAUACUACUACUUAAAAUUUACCAAGAAAACUUUAAAAAGACUUACAAAAAUGUACAAUUUUUUUUUAUUAAUUAUAAUGAAUUCUAUAACAUUUCUUUCUAUUUUUGAAAACAAACACAAACAUUAAUAUAAAUUUGAAUUUUUUUUGAUAUAUUAUUGUUUUUACCACAAACAAACAAACAAAAAACCUUUUGAUGUUAUAUUAUAAAAGAAAAAAACCAACUCGAAUCAGGCUAUAUUAUUAUUAAUGAUGUAAAAUAAAGACAAGUAUUAAUUUAAGUUCCCCCAUGAAAAUGAAAGCAAUUUUCCAAAUAUUCUCACAAUAUACAAACAUAUGCAUAUACAUACAUAUAUUUAAAAAAGAAAACAAAAAGUAUUUAUAAUACAAAUCAUUUGUUCGUUAGAAAAUUCUAUGGAUUUCGUUUAAUUCAUUACAUUUUAUCACGUUGUAUAUUAUAUUAUUACUAAACUUUUCUUUAUGUUCUCAAAGUCACAUACAUACAUAUUUAAUUAUUGAACAAAAUCUGUAUUUUUAUUUAGCCCUCACACAUUUCAUUUACUUUCAUCUUUACCACUUAUAAAUAAUCGUACAUAUACAUACAUAUUUGAAAUAUUUUUCUAUUAUUUUGUAUUUAUAUUUCACCCUUACAAAUUCUUAGUUAAGUGGACCAUACAAUACAAUUUAUCAUAAUUUUAAGAUUUUCUGCUCUUAUUUUAUUUCGCUGUAUAAAUUAAAUAAAUUCAAAUGAAUAAAAUCAACACUUUUAAAACAAAAA